ACAGUGUUCAUGAUCUGUGUUUGGAUCUCAUUUCACAAUAAUGACGUUUUCUUUAGUCUGGUGGAAAUAUGCUCCGCCUUCUCUGGGUGGUCAAUGGUUUACUUUAGUUUUUGAGAUAUUCAAAGAGGACUUGUUUUUUCUCCUCCUGUUUCUUUUGCCUUUGUUUACGGCUGUGUUAAGGCAUACAGACCACACCCUAAACAAAUCAACAUCACUGGCAAAGUCUGAUUCCCUGUUCUUACAUUGGGACACAUAUGCAUCUCGUGCGCUAACAACCUGACCCCCGGAGCCCACAUCUCCUUUAUACGAGUACUUCCCCAAACUGCUGCUGAUUUCACAUUAUAAAAAGGACUUCAUAAGGAAGUACAACUGACCCACUGUCUGUUUUGUAAUUCACUCGAAGACAGAUGUUUUUUCCAUCUGACGAGGAACUCAUCUGUCCUGUCUGCAAGGACAUCUUUAAACAGCCUGUUGUGUUGUCAUGUAGCCACAGCUUCUGUAAAGACUGUCUGCAGACAUGGUGGGGGGGGCAACUAAUUUGCAUGUGUCCGUGCUGUAAUAAAAUAUCCCCGACAUGUGAUCCACCAUGUAACCUGGCAUUAAAGAAUCUGUGUGAGACCUUCGUAUUGCAGAGAAUAACCUCAGAAGCUCUCUGCAGUCUGCACUCUGAGAAACUGAAACUCUUCUGUCAGCAGCAUCAGGAACCAGUGUGUGUCAUCUGCAGAGAUUCAAAAACACACAGCAACCACAGUUUCACACCCGUCGAUGAAGCAGCCAAAGCCCUCAAAAAGGAGCUCGAGAAAUCCCUGAAGCCCUUACAGGAGAAACUGAAACUCUUUGAACAAAUUAAAGGAAACUUUGGGCAAACAGCAGAACACAUUAAUGUCCAGGUGCAACAAACAGAGGGGCGAAUUAAGGAGCAGUUUAAGAAGCUUCACAAGUUUCUACAAGAGGAGGAAAAGGCUAGGCUGGGUGCUCUGGAGAUUGAAAAGGUACAGAAGAUGUCAAUGAUGGACGGGAAGAUUUCGGCCCUGAGCAGAGACAUAGAAGCUCUUACAGAAACAAUCAAAGCCACAGAGGAAGAGCUGAGAGCUGGAGACGUCUUAUUUCUGCUGAAACACCAGCAAACAGUGAAAAGAGUGCAGCAGCGCCUCCAGCUGGAGGAUCCACAGCUGCACCUAAGGGCUCUGUUAGACCAGGCCAAACACCUGGGCAACCUGACCUUUAACAUCUGGAACAAGAUGAAGGACAUGGUCUCCUACUCUCAUGUGAUUCUGGAUCCAAACACUGCUCAUGCAGAGCUCAUCCUGUCUGAGGAUCUGACCAGUAUGAGAUGUGGAGAGAAACAGAAGCUUCCGGAAAACCCAGAGAGGCAUGACGUCCUGGUCCUGGGCUCUGGGGGUUUUACCUCUGGCAUUCACAGCUGGAAUGUUGAGGUUAGAAAUGAUGCAUAUUGGGUCCUAGGUGUGGAGACAAAGGGACAAACACCAACUAGCUACUGGCAAAUCCUUCUCAUUGAUGGAAUACUCAAAGCAGUCGCCCCACCGCUCCAGGAUAAAGUUCUCUCAGUGAAGGAGCUCCAGAGGGUCAGAGUUCAGCUGGACUUUGUCAAAGGAAAGCUGUCCUUCUAUGAUGCUGAUGCUAACACACACAUACACACCUUCACACACAAGUUCACUGACAGACUGUUUCCACACUUUGGCUCCUUGAACACACUCCCACUGAAGAUAUCACCAACGGAGGUCUCUGUAUCAACAGGCUAAUGUCCAAAGUCUUGAGUAAUGGUACUUGCAAAAUGCCAUCCUGCAUGUCAAUGAUGGUAUACAUGUUCUAGGAGUUUUAGGGGGAAAAAACUCAUAUUUGAUGCUAUCCUCAGGUUAUUUUUUAAUUGAUUAAUUUGAUUAUCCAAUACUGAAUAUUUGCUGCUGAUUUCGGCGUUUAAAAUGUGACAAUAUGAAAA